CCCCUCCUUCUCAAACGCGCAAACCUCUCGUACACAGUCCCCAACCGAACACAGAGCGGAGGCGCAGAGAGAGAGCCAUGGCGGAUACCAAGGCAGUGACGAUCCGUACGAGGAAGUUCAUGACCAAUCGCCUUCUCUCCAGAAAGCAAUUCGUCAUCGAUGUUCUGCAUCCUGGCCGACCCAAUGUCUCAAAGGCGGAGUUGAAGGAGAAACUUGCGAGGUUGUACGAGGUGAGGGACCCAAAUGCCAUCUUUGUAUUCAAGUUCCGCACCCAUUUUGGAGGGGGGAAGUCUACUGGUUUCGGUUUGAUCUAUGAUUCUGUAGAGAAUGCCAAGAAGUACGAGCCCAAGUACAGGCUGAUCAGGAAUGGACUGGAUACAAAGGUUGAAAAAUCAAGGAAACAACUCAAGGAAAGGAAGAACAGAGCCAAGAAGAUUCGUGGAGUUAAGAAGACAAAGGCCGGUGAUGCUGCCAAGGCGAAGAAGAAAUGAGCUUCUGCAUGUUUUGGGAUCGUAUGUGUUCGCAGUAGGGUUCUGUGUCAUCAGCCUAGCUGCAUCUUGUUAUUUUCUUUUGUUAGCGAGCAUGAAAUUUUGGGAUGUUUUAAUUUCAUCAAAAAUGUUAUGAUGUUUAAUGAGUUGUGGAAUGUUAUGUAUGUUCUAACUUUUCAGUAACGAAAUGUAAACCAUCAAUUCGCAUGUUUA